UUUAAAAAAUUUGCCAGAUCCUGAACUGCCUUCACCUAUAGUUGACUUAGGAACUGGGUGUCAGUCUUUUCUUUAUAUGCAUGGCCUGAUUUCUCUGUAGCUAACACUUCAGACACGUUUGCAAAAGUUAAGAAGAGGCUUACUUGUUGACUGCAAAAGAUUCUUCAGGGAUCAGGGCUGAGUCCAGACAAUGAAGGGAGCCCUUGAAAGAAGGAGUCCUGAGGUCUACAGAUUAUAAAGUGAUUUUGAAGAAGCUUAGUGAGUCUGAGACUUGAGGGGCGAAAAGAGCAUCAUCAUCCCUGGUUACCUUAGGGGGUGGGGGGAGGUGUUAAAUGUCACCUGUGAGACUCAGCAGGAAUCAUAGGCUCAAACCAGAAAGGGUCUGUACCCUGGAGACCUCAGUUCUGGUAGAGUUUGAAAGAAGAGUUUUAUAGAAAGGAAUUGGAUAACAAUUCAGAGAAGCAGCUAAGGAACCAAGGAGGAGAUGGAAAAAUUUAAUGUGAAAAUAGACUGGAAAAAUAUUAGGACUCUGGUAGAAGAAAGAGUGGCCCAAAACGAAGCAAAACCCAUAAAUAUUUAUGGACAAAAAAAUUUUAUGAUAUGGCUAUGUUAACUAUAAACUUACUUAUAAAGCAAAAUCAUGCCCAUACAUAAAAAGCGUUUCCGUCUACAACUGGUAGUUAACUUACAGGACUGAGUUCUCUAAGAGGCCGUUUGGGUAGAAAAUAUAAGUAAAUUCAGGGAGGGCUUGGCCUUUAAGAGAUUGCUGAUGGAGAGUGUUUAGAAUAUUCUGGGCUAAACAGAAGCUUUUGAAGUGAAUAUAAUAUAGGAGGCUGGUUGUAUCACUGGUCUGAUCCAAAGUAGCUUUUUUUUUUUUUUUUUUUAAAUGCUUUGUGAGUCUGUCUUGAAGGAAAAGGAAAACAAUUGGGAGUCAUUUAAAUUAUAAAAUGGUGGCAGAUAAUUAACCAGAACAGUUUGACACCUGUGUUCCCUGCAGCCUUGCAAUGGAUCCUGUCCGACCACCCUUCAGGGGCCCGUCUCCUGUGUACCCAUCUCAGUCUGUGCAGAUGCCGGGCUCUUGGCAACAGGCUCCAAAACCUUUGGACCCAGCUCUGGGCAGGGCAGGACCUGCAGGCAGAGGCCAUGUAUUUGAAAAGCGAGAGGAGCCAGGCCCACAGAGUGGACCAGUGCAAAAGGAAUCUGUGGGUUUGGUCUCAAUGUUCCGAGGACUGGGCCUUGAAACAGUGUCCCGUACUCGCGUGAAACAGGAAAUGCCUCCUUUAGGUAGAGGCAUUUUAGGUCGAGGCAUGUCUACCAGUUUUGCACGCAAGGACAAAGAAGAACCCCAUCCCACUUUUCUGGAUCCUUCAGUGUUGGCAUCUGGAGAUAGCAAGAUGGCAGAGGCCUCCAUUGGUUGGAAUAGAACGCUUGGAAGAGGGAAUUUGGAUGCCUUUUUAUUACCGAUGGGAAGAGCAGCUGGUGGUAUAGGCAGAGGAGUAUACAAGGCUCCCUGUGCUCUCAGCCUGAGUUCUCAGGAUCCUGCCCAGCUGUCAUCUCCGCCACUUCUGCCUCCGGCCCCACUGCACUCUCUGGAUCGCCCACCACUUGGGACUGCAGAACACAAGGAAAAAGAGCCUUUUGUGAAGCAAGGAUCAAAAGGAACACCUCAAUCUUUGGGAUUGAACCUUAUCAAAAUACAGUGUCAUAAUGAAGCAGUUUAUCAGUAUCAUGUGACUUUCAGCCCCAACGUGGAGUGCAAAAGCAUGAGGUUUGGCAUGUUGAAGGACCAUCAAGCUGUCACCGGAAACAUCACUGCUUUCGAUGGAUCCAUUCUCUAUCUGCCUGUUAAGCUUCAACAAGUUCUUGAGUUAAAAAGUCAAAGGAAAACUGACAGUGCUGAGAUCACCAUUAAGAUUCAGUUGACAAAGAUCCUGGAGCCCUGUUCUGACUUGUGCAUUCCCUUCUACAAUGUUGUUUUCCGUCGGGUAAUGAAACUUUUAGAUAUGAAGCUGGUGGGGAGAAACUUCUUUGACCCUACAGGUGCUAUGGUACUACAGCAACACAGAUUGCAGAUCUGGCCGGGCUAUGCAGCUAGCAUCCGGAGGACAGAUGGAGGUCUUUUCCUGCUAGCUGAUGUCACCCAUAAGGUCAUUCGGAAUGAUUCUGUGCUGGACAUCAUGCAUGCCAUGUACCAACAGAACAAAGAAGACUUCCAGGACGAGUGCACUAAGCUUCUGGUUGGCAGUAUUGUCAUAACCCGAUACAACAAUCGUACCUAUCGUAUUGAUGAUGUGGAUUGGAAUAAGACUCCAAAAGAUAGCUUCACGACGUCUGAUGGGAAGGAGAUUACAUUCUUGGAGUACUACAGCAAAAACUAUGGGAUCACAAUAAAGGAAAAGGACCAGCCACUGCUGAUCCACAGGCCCAGUGAGCGACAGAAUAACCAAGGGAUGCUGCUAAAAGGCGAAAUCCUGCUGCUGCCUGAGCUUUCCUUCGUGACUGGAAUCCCUGAGAAGAUGAAGAAGGACUUUAGAGCCAUGAAGGAUUUGACUCAGCAGAUCAACCUGAGCCCCAGACAGCACCAUAAUGCUUUGAAAUGCUUGCUACAGAGAAUUUCAAAAAAUGAGACAGCCAACAGUGAACUGACACGUUGGGGACUCUGUCUGCAGAAGGAUGUACAUAAGAUUGAAGGACGUGUUCUGCCAAUGGAAAGAAUUAACUUAAGGAAUACGUCAUUUAUCACAUCUCAGGAACUAAACUGGAUUAAGGAAGUAACCAGAGACCUUUCCAUCUUAACUGUCCCUAUGCAUUUCUGGGCGCUGUUUUACCCAAAGAGAGCAACGGAUCAAGCCCGAGAACUGGUGAACAUGUUAGAGAAGGUAGCUGGCCCCAUUGGCAUACGCAUGAGCCCGCCAGCCUGGGUGGAACUGAAGGAUGAUCGCAUAGAGACCUAUGUCAGAACCAUUCAAUCCAUGCUGGGAGUUGAGGGGAAGAUACAGAUGGUUGUUUGCAUCAUCAUGGGCACACGUGACGAUCUCUACAGGGCCAUUAAAAAGCUGUGCUGUGUGCAGACUCCCGUGCCCUCGCAGGUCAUCAAUGUCCGAACCAUUGGCCAGCCCACCAGGCUUCAGAGUGUGGCCCAGAAAAUUUUACUUCAGAUUAACUGUAAAUUGGGUGGUGAGCUCUGGGGAGUGGAUAUUCCUCUGAAACAGUUAAUGGUGAUUGGGGUGGAUGUUUACCACGACCCCAGCAGAGGCAUGCGCUCCGUGGUUGGCUUUGUCGCAAGCAUCAGUCUCACUCUCACAAAAUGGUAUUCACGAGUGGUAUUCCAGAUGCCUCAUCAGGAGAUUGUGGAUAGCCUGAAGCUGUGCCUGGUGGGCUCCUUGAAAAAGUUCUAUGAGGUGAACCACUGUCUCCCAGAGAAGAUUGUGGUGUACCGUGAUGGAGUGUCUGAUGGCCAACUAAAGACAGUUGCCAGCUAUGAGAUUCCUCAGCUACAGAAGUGUUUUGAAGCUUUUGAAAAUUAUCAUCCCAAGAUGGUGGUAUUUGUAGUUCAGAAGAAAAUCAGCACCAGUGUGUACCUGUCAGCUACCGAGCACUUUGUGACUCCCUCCCCCGGGACUGUGGUAGAUCAUACAAUAACAAACUGUGACUGGGUGGACUUCUACCUUCUUGCCCAUCAUGUGCGACAGGGUUGUGGCAUUCCUACCCAUUACGUUUGUGUUCUCAACACUGCACGCCUGAGCCCUGAUCAUAUGCAGAGGUUGACUUUCAAACUGUGCCACAUGUACUGGAAUUGGCCUGGUACCAUUAGAGUUCCAGCUCCUUGCAAGUAUGCCCACAAGCUAGCUUUCCUGUCAGGACAAAUCUUGCAUCAUGAACCAGCCAUCCAGCUGUGUGAGAACCUGUUCUUCCUGUGACUGAACAAUCAGGACAUGGGCUGGUCAGAGCAAUCAGACUUCUGAAGUCA